AUGAAAGCCUUCAUUCUUCGCACCGUGGCCUCUCUUUGGCUUGCAUUAGCGACACUGCCUGCUACACCCGAGGCUGCGAUCAUCACUGACCCGCCGACUACGACUACGACUGCGACGGCGACGGUGACGGCUACUGCAAAAGACGAACGCAUAAACCUCUUCAACUUGGCCGCCGCCUCCAUCGAAGAAAGGCCGCUCCGAAACCACUACUACUACCUGAUUACGGAAAUUUUGGGACCAACGCGUGGUGACACCUGCAAGAAUGGCUGCUACCCAUCACUAGAAACGAUUGUAAAGGAAUACGCCGCAGUGUUGCAAAGAUGGCUGAAUAGCAGUGACGACGAAAAGGCCUCGAAAGCCUUGCUCAAGCUGGCAAACUCGCUGGGUGAUAAGAAGUAUCCUGUUUCACAAAAGGCUCUCGACGAUUUCCUAAUCGCGGUUUUGGAGAGAGUGCGAGGAAUCCAGGAGCAUGCCGCCGCCGCCAGAACCGGGGAUGGUGGUGUUCCUGACGAGUUCCUCGUGUUGACCGACGAUGAGCUGGUGAGAGCCGGUGACGAUUUCGUCGACUCGCUGAUGCCCCGAAAAAUUGAGGCGCUGGCCUCUCGCUACAACGGCGGAAGAACCUGUCGGAUUGUAGGUGAGGACAGGGGCAGCUACAACGCCUGCUUCUUCGUCAAGUUUGAUGACGACAACGAGACGUGGGUUGUGAGGAUUCCCAUUGAACCUGCACUCCACAACCCGUGGCAGGCGCUGCUCAGUGAGACGAGCAUUCCAGUGGCCAAGAUUCACGCAUACGGUCGAGGCGAACAACUGACGGCCAAUCCCGCCACAACGCAAAUGUUUCUCGUUUUGGAUUACAUCCCAGGGACGCCUCUGACCAGAGAAAAGGUGCUUCGCACUGACACUAGGGUCAGAACCAACCUGCUCCGCCAACUGCUGGGCUAUCUAGCAGAGAUUCGGUCCAUUGAGCUCCCUGCCAUUGGGUCAUUGAAGCCAACCGACGACGCGUCGCGGCCGACGGUCGGCGCCCUUCUUACUCAGUCCUCGAACGAUGCUCGCCGGGACCUGCCACGCUUCGUGUCUGCCAAGGCAUACAUGGACUCCCAAUUCGACCUUAUUUCGAGCUAUCUUCUGGCGCCCCGGCGUGACCAUCCAGAGGACGAGGUUCGGUACGACAUGUUCUGCAUCAGUAGCAUGAAGUCCUACUUUGAUACCGUUAUACAGCCCGAGCUAGACAGUGGUCCAUUCGUUCUCAGUCAUCCAGAUCUAAGACCGAGCAACAUCAUCGUAAACGAACGGUCGGAUAUUGUCGGCAUCAUUGAUUGGCAAUUUACGAGCACCGUUCCUCGCCAGCUUUGCACGCCUCCGUCAUGGGUCACCGGCCAUGUAAAGUCUGACGAUGCAAAAAUGCUCCUCUUGCAGUUUUCAAUGGCCAUCAUUCUCGACGACACGCUUCCCAAAGAGCUCGAGCUGGAGUGGCUUCAGCUUCCCAAGGAGGUCGAAAAUUGGCGCGGACCGUCAAGCCCAUCUUUCCACGUUGCUCAUCUUAUGCGCUGCCCUGCGGACCUCAAUUUUGUUUUCUGGAAGUUUGUUGCCCAAGGACGAGAUGCCAAGGAGCUUGAAGAGACCGAGGCUAAGCUUUUUCAGAACCCAGGGCUGGCUUCGGAGGCUCGUCGAAUAGCGGAACGGAACCGCCAGUACACGGAGUACUUGAAAAGCCAAGGCAGAUACGUCGAGGAGUCCUGA